AUGUCUUUAGAAUACCAAUUGCGCCGCCAGAUGGAGGAAAUGCAGCUGCAAUUGGGCCUUUUAUCGUCAGAACUAACAGAAAUGAAAAGGCGGAAUGAUGAACUAACCAUGGAAAAAUUGAACUGGGAGAGAAAAUCGAAGACAUUGGAGGAAAAAAACAAAGCACUGACACAUAAAACCGGAAAACUGGAAGCCAUGAAUAAGGUCUUAAAUAAGGUCUCAAAAAUGCUCAUUUCAAAACUCCAAAAUGCAAAUGAGAAACGCUCCAAUCUGGCGGAAUUUGUGGCCAUUCUUCAAGAAAACCUGCUUGAACUCGAACAUACCAGCCAGGUGAAAUCGGAUAGCCUUCAGAAAAAUAUGCGAUUUCAACAAGACCGAGCAAGAAAGUUGAAAAGUGCAUUAUUGGAAAUGAUUGGUGAUUUGACAAACUUUGCAUCAGACAUGCGAAGGAAAGAACAACAUUUACCUACUAUUGGAACCAACAACAUUGAAGACACUCAAAUCCAAGAAUUCGUUGCCUGGGCGAAUAUAAUGCCAUCAAUUCAUCAACUUGGGACUGCUCCCGCUCAGUUUCAACUGAGAACCGGGAACAUCAACGGAAAUUUGGAGCUCAAGUGCACAAAUUUCUCCAACUCCGCCGAGGAACUUGAGCAGUGGAUUGCUCUUCAGUCAGAGGACUCGAUCAAUGACAAUAUGGAAGACGACCGAAUGACGCUUCACUCUCGUAAUGAUUUGAAAGUCACUUUCAAGAUCUUCAUGACCAAGUGGGAAGUUGAAUCGAUCGAGAAGGCAAUUGAGGCUUUGAAAGAAAAACUGAAAAUCAAGGAUAUUGAGGUGAUCUAG